AUGAAGUGUAGCUCUCACUACAGAAAGAUGUCUCAUCUGUUGCGGAGAAAUGCUUCUUUAAACACAGAGCAACAAAGUUGUGAUCAAGACGUUGGUUGGUACGGAGAGGAGCUGACAUGGAGCGUCCUGUGUCAAUUUGGGGUCAUUUGUGACCACUACGGAUGCUAUGAUACUUCGCUCAAGACCUACAGAGAGCACGCAGGAAAGCCUGGAUUCCUGUGUUCCAAAUGUGGAGGAGUUGUUGACGUCUGCUGGCAAGCCCAUUGGAUAGACGACUGGAACGAGGGAAGACUGGACAACGAAACCCUGAGCAUGAUGCUCUUGAAGCAGAGACCAGAUUUCCAGGACAUAUCUGAUCUCUAUCAGCCCUCUGACGAAGACCAGAUGAAAUACGCCACGCCAUCUGAUGAGCUGGUCUACUCCUGCAGUUUUGACGAUCAAGAAUGUGACUAUAGGUGGUUUACUACCUGGGCAAGUGAUAGCUUUGGCACCUGCUAUACUUUUAACGGCCCCAGGGUAAAGGACAGCGAUGGGAUCCAGCCGUCAGUACCCAAAGUUAAAACCGCAACGUCUGGUCCUAAGAACGGACUCCGCUUAUCUCUCAACGUUCCCUCCGGGUUAUCUCUCCUCUCUCCCGAUUUGGGUGUAAGGGUGGUGGUCCACGAUCCGCGCCUUCUGGCCCUUCCGGAGGAGGAAGGGGUCAACCUGGGGCCUGAGACCUCCUCCAUCAGCAUCAGCAGGACAGCAUACCUGCGACUUGGUCCUCCCCAUGGCACCUGCCAAUCAACUGAAGGACAGGUUGAUGACGGUGGCAUUCACCUGUCAACGGAAGAUUCUUUUCAAAAUGAAACUGGGUGGCAGAGACUAAUGUACUCCCCGAAGGUAUGCAAGCAGGUGUGUGUCGAACACGAGUACUGGAAGAGCUGCCAGUGUUACGUAGGUCUUAGUCCCGUGUACGAAGCCGACGAAUACGGGACCGGAAAACCGAGCGGGCGGUGUUCGAACUUCAACAUUACGCAGAAACUUUGUAUGGAUAUCGUCACGGAGGCUUACUUGAGCGGAGAUUUGGAUUGCAAGUGCCCGCAAGCGUGCAAGGAAAUGGUGUACAAAACUCAAGUCACAUCAAGUCGUGUCAACGAGAGUAAAUCAGAAAUGGUCAACUUGCAUCUCUACCUCGAUUCGACGACCUACGAACUGUAUGAAGAGAGUCCUACUUAUACGUGGGAUACUCUGCUGAGUAAUUUAGGAGGAUCCCUUGGCUUAUUCUUGGGAGUCUCUCUCGUGAGCGUCGUGGAAUCUCGUUCAAGUCAAGUCGGACGAGAAAAGUCGUUCCCGAGGAUGAAGAGUAUUCAUUUGGACGCAAAGGCACAUUUUCCAAAGCGCAAUUAGCAAGCGGAUGGACGGAGGAAGAAACAAGUGAACAUCAGGAGGCAGGAUGGAGACAAGAACUCAGGGAUGAUCUGGAUAAGUUGAAGGAGGAGCUAGAUAAUCUGCGAAGUCUC